UAUAUAGCACUUUUGCUGAGACCGGGGGCAUGCACACAAGCUCCACUCUCUCGAAGCUCUCUGAAGGUAACCACAGAAGAUGGCCCACUUCAACCUGAAAACAGUUUGUCUGCUGCUUGUCUUGACUGUGACCCUCUUCAAUCUGCAGGCAGAUGCAGCCUGCUGCACAAAAUAUUCAAGGAGUGAAAUUCCAAUCAAUCUAAUUAAGGGUUACUCAGUACAGACCAUCACCAAACAGUGCCACAUCUACGCAGUUAUUUUCCUCACACAGAAAGGCAGAAAACUGUGUGCUGACCCUAGAAAAGCCUGGGUGAUGGACAGGAUCCAGGAGCUCAGGAAAAGAGUGCAACAAAUAGCAAGGGAACAGCGCAGGAACAUUGAUGUUCCUUCACCAUCGGCUGACUGAGAAGCCCAGUGACAACUGAGGACUGACAACUGCACUGAGCUGAAAAUGCUAACGUUAGCAUCUAUCGCUAGAGACUCAUGUUCUAUUUCUGACUUAUGGCUUCAUUCAUUCUCCCUGAAUCCACUGAUAAUUUACCAGUUAAAUUGUGGGGGACGUCAUUAGUGAUGAUCUGAUGUUUGUUAAAAAAAAACAAUUCCUGGUUCUUGGUUGGCUCAUUUUGCAAAUGUUGAAUGUAUUGCGGAAAUUCUAAUGUAUUUUUGUAAAUACCUCCGCUUUUCUUUGUGUUCAAACUUUGUGUUGCAUAUAAACAUUUAGCUUCAAAUACUGGUAACCUCACAUGAGAAAUAAAGACAAUUCUUGA